AUGAGUAGUUCAAAAGUACUGGAUCCCAUAGUUACUGAUCCCCUACUGAGCACCAAACACACAACACCACGCCCAAAUGUUGAUUCCACAUUAGUGUCGGAAGCCACGCCCGCAGAUACAUUCUUGCACCCUUCUACUUCUUCAUCAGCACCUCAGCUAAAUAAGGCAGGUCUCACAAUCAAUACCUACUCAGAUAACCUAACAGAGAAUGGAGUCAUCGAUACAAGUUUGAAUACAAGUUUGAAUACAAGUUUGAAUACAAGCUCUACAAAUACGACAUUUUUAUCGACAACAACAUCAAGAUCACUUUCUUCCUCUCCAUCGUCAUCAACCACAACAAUAGUAGACCACACUGACCAUGGACACAAUGGACACCACAAACAUUGUGUCGACAAUCUUGAUCAAGUACAUACACCAGAUCACCCUAAUCGAACCGAAGCGAUAUCAACUGCAGAGCAAGAGCGCAUUACAAUGAAACUGAAAAGUUUAGACGAAAUUAAACAACAAUGUUCCACACUUAUUCACGAAUUAGAGGGAAAUCAACACCCUGAAGUGAUAAUCAAGAGGCAUAUCCAACAAUUGAAAAAAUACAACGAAUUAAAGGAUGUCGCAUUGCAGUUGGUAACAUUGAUUGCUGACCAACGUCAAGUAAGGACAACAGAUAUCUUGGACGAAAUGAAACUGGAGAUUGGAAAUGAGGAAUAG